AUGUCUGAAUCAGAGUUAUCAUUAGAAUUCUUACAAGAAUUAUUCAACAAUUUGGAAAUCGCUUCUCCUGAUACAAGAGAUGAUAUUUGUUCUCAACUUUCAUCAUUCUUAAACGGAAAUAUCAUCGAACAUGAUCUUCCACAAAAAUUCUUUGAUAAACUUCACAAAGCUAUCAUAGAUAAAAAAACUUCAAGUAAUGCGUUAGAUGCUAUCAUCUACAUUGCUAAUCAAACAAAUUUAUCACCUUCAGUGGAACCAUUCAUCGUAUCAACUGUUCCCUCUAUUUGUGCCAAAGCGGGUGAUAAAGAUAGUUCCAUACAAGAAAUAGCCAAGAGAGCUUUGUUUGCUGUGGUUAACGCAAUUAAUCCUAUUGCAACCAAGGCAUUGUUACCUCAUCUAAUCAAUUGUCUCUCUUCUACUAAUAAAUGGCAAGAAAAAAUUGCCAUUUUAGAAUCCAUUGCAAUUUUAGUCGAUGUAGCUAAGGAACAAAUUGCAUUACGUAUGCCUGAAUUGAUUCCAAUCUUAUCUGAAUCCAUGUGGGAUACGAAGAAGGAAGUUAAAGAAACCGCGACUAAGACUAUUACGAAGGCCACAGAAACUAUUGAAAAUAAAGAUAUUGAAAUUUUCAUUCCUCAAUUGAUUAAUUGUAUUGCUAAUCCAAGUAAUGUUCCUGAAACUGUUCAUGCUCUUGGUGCUACCACUUUUGUUUCCGAUGUGACUCCUGCUACUUUGUCCAUUAUGGUUCCUUUAUUGAAUAGAGGUUUACAAGAAAGAGAUACUUCUAUUAAGAGGAAAUCAGCCGUUAUUAUUGAUAAUAUGUGUAAGUUAGUGGAAGAUCCGCAGAUUGUUGCUCCAUUUUUAAACGAUUUAUUACCAGGAUUGAAAAAUAAUUUCAGUAAUAUUGCUGAUCCUGAAGCAAGAGAAGUUACAUUGAGAGCUUUGAAAACUUUGAGAAGAGUUGGGAAUGUUGCAGAUGAUGAUACUAUUCCUGAAAUAUCUCAUGCUGGUGAUGUUAGUGUGAAUUUACAAUUAUUCAAGACUCUUUUAGCAAACGCAAAGGUUACUGAUAUCGAUUCUAGAUUUGAAGUGGUUAUUCAAUAUAUCGCUGCCAUCGCUGCCAAUUUGAUUGAUGAAAGAAUUAUCGAUCAACAAGCUUGGUUUACUCAUGUGACUCCUUAUAUGACUAUCUUCUUACAUGAACAACAAUCUAAGGAUAUGUUGGAUGAAUUUAGAAAAAGAGCUGUUGAUAAUAUUCCUAUUGGUCCAAAUUUCGAUGAUGAAGAAGAUGAAGGUGAGGAUUUAUGCAAUUGUGAAUUCUCUUUAGCGUAUGGUGCCAAGAUUUUAUUGAAUAAGACUCAAUUAAGGUUGAAAAGAGGUAGACGUUAUGGUCUCUGUGGACCAAAUGGCGCAGGUAAAUCAACUUUGAUGAGAGCAAUGGCUAACGGUCAAGUUGAAGGUUUCCCCACCCAAGAUGAAUGUAAAACAGUUUACGUUGAACAUGAUAUUGAUAAUACUCAUUCUGAUACAUCAGUUGUUGAUUUCGUUUUUGAAAGUGGUGUUGGUGAAAGAGAUGCUAUUAUUUCCAAAUUGAAUGAAUUCGGAUUUUCUAAUGACGCAGUUAAUCAACCAAUUUCAUCUUUAUCCGGUGGUUGGAAAAUGAAAUUAGCCUUAGCAAGAGCUGUUUUGAAAAAUGCCGAUAUUUUAUUAUUAGAUGAACCAACUAAUCAUUUAGACACUGUCAAUGUUGCAUGGUUAGUGGACUACUUGAAUAAUUGUGGAAUUACUUCAAUCAUUGUUUCUCACGAUUCUGGUUUCUUAGACAAUGUCUGUCAAUACAUUAUCCAUUACGAAGGUCUAAAAUUAAGAAAAUACAAAGGAAAUUUAUCUGAAUUCGUUAAAAGAUGUCCAACUGCUAAAUCUUACUAUGAAUUAGGUGCUUCUGAUCUCGAAUUCCAAUUCCCAACCCCAGGUUAUUUAGAAGGUGUCAAGACAAAGCAAAAGGCUAUCGUCAAAGUAUCAAAUAUGUCCUUCCAAUAUCCUGGUACUUCUAAACCUCAAGUGUCUGAUGUUACGUUCCAAUGUUCCUUAUCUUCCAGAAUUGCUGUAAUUGGACCCAACGGAGCUGGUAAAUCCACUUUAAUUAAUGUUUUAACAGGUGAAUUAUUACCAACCACUGGUGAUGUCUAUACUCAUGAAAAUUGUCGUAUUGCAUACAUUAAACAACAUGCAUUUGCUCAUAUUGAAAAUCAUUUAGAUAAAACACCAUCAGAAUACAUUCAAUGGAGAUUUCAAACUGGUGAAGAUCGUGAAACUAUGGAUAGAGCUAAUAGACAAAUUAAUGAAAGUGAUACUGAAAUGAUGAAUAAGAUAUUUAAAAUUGAAGGUACACCAAGAAGAGUUGCUGGAAUUCAUUCAAGAAGAAAGUUUAAGAAUACUUACGAAUAUGAGUGUUCUUUCUUAUUAGGUGAAAAUAUUGGUAUGAAGUCUGAAAGAUGGGUUCCAAUGAUGUCUGUUGAUAAUGCUUGGUUACCAAGAGGAGAAUUGGUUGAAUCACAUUCCAAAUUAGUUGCAGAGGUUGAUAUGAAGGAAGCUUUAGCUUCAGGGCAAUUCCGCGCUUUGACAAGAAAGGAAAUCGAAGAACAUUGUUCCAUGCUAGGUUUAGAUUCAGAAUUAGUUUCUCAUUCCAGAAUCAGAGGUUUAUCAGGUGGUCAAAAAGUCAAAUUAGUUUUAGCUGCUGGUACUUGGCAAAAACCACAUUUGAUUGUCUUAGAUGAACCUACUAACUACUUAGACAGAGAUUCAUUAGGUGCUUUAUCCAAAGCUUUGAAAGCUUUCGAAGGUGGUGUUAUCAUCAUUACUCAUUCUGCUGAAUUUACUAAGGAUUUGACUGAAGAAGUUUGGGCUGUUAAAGAAGGUAAAAUGACUCCUUCGGGUCAUAACUGGGUUACAGGCCAAGGUGCUGGUCCAAGAAUUGAAAAGAAAGAAGCUGAAGGUGAUGUAUUUGAUGCUAUGGGUAACAAGAUUGUUGGAGCCAAUGCAAAGAAGAAGUCUAAAUUGUCAUCUGCAGAAAUGAGGAAGAAGAAGAAGGAAAGAAUGAAGAAGAAGAAGGAAAUGGGUGAUGAAUAUGUUUCAUCUGAAGAGGACUUUUAA